UUCGCAAAAUAGAUUAUAGGCAGGCCUAGACUAGACUAGAAGAAUAGAAAGAAUUUAGUAUUCGGAAUUAAUCGGAAUUCGCUCACGCUGACGCUCAUUCGUUGCAUCGUCGAAAUCGAAAUCAUCCUCCCCGACCCCGAGGCCGGCCGAAGCCGAAAAACGGAAAAACGAAGCUGGAAUCUGCCGAAUCUGGACUGGAUGACUGGAUGGAUAGUAGGAAUAGGAUAGUACAAGACAAGUACAGUGGCUAAGUUGUUAAAGUUCAAAGUUGUGGUUCUAAUUUUGUUUUUGUUGCUUUGGGUGGGCCCUAAGUGAAAUUAAAAUCACUUGGACAAGGGAUGUUUUUAACUAAUGAUUGAGAUUUCCUUUAAUUCUCUGCUUCAAAUGAAGAUCUCAAAAUGGAUAAAAGAUUGAAUGUUAAUCAGCAAGCUGCAGGAAGCUCGUCAGCUAUUGGCGGAAGAUCAAAGGAGAUGGCUUUGGAAAGACUCCGACAAAUGGAGUGGAGACGGAAAAUUGAGGAUGACUAUCAAUUUACAAGACCAAGUUCUCGAACUUCUGGGAGGAAGAAAAGCGAAGAGGACGAAGAAAACUAUUAUGUAGGUGCUGGUGUUCAGAAGACGAAGAAGAUGCGAAAGCCAAAAGUGCCCAAGUCUCCAACGGUUCCUCCAGGAUUUACUCCUGCUGAGGUAGCAAUGCCUGCCCCACCAGUGAGUGUCUGGACAAAGAAAAAAGGAAGUGCACUCUUCCAAAAAGAGGAAGAUGAUGAAGAGCUUUUGAUGAAGCGAGUGCUUGAGGAAAGCUUAAGGAGCCACGACGAAGACAAUAGACGUAGAAUGGAACGGUUAAGGAUGAGCAAUCUUGAACUACAAGACACCAGCCAUACGAUGCGCCCUGAGAAAGAGUGGGAAGAUGAUCAUGGUGAUUCCUAUGAAAAACCCUCUGCUAACAACUACCAACAAGAAUCCAAGCAAUCAUAUGGCGAUCCCUAUGCAAAACCUGCUUCCAACAACUACCAACAAAAAUCCAAGCAAUCAGAUGGUGACACCUAUGCAAAACCUUCUUCUAAGGACUACCAACAAGAAUCUAACCAAUCGUAUGGCGAUCCCUAUGUAAAACCUGCUUCCAACAACUACCAACAAAAAUUCAAGCAAUCAAAUGGUGACACCUAUGGAAAACCUGCUUCUAAUGACUACCAACAAGAAUCUAAGCAAGCAUAUGGUGAUCCCUAUGUAAAACCUGCUUCUAAGGACUACCAAAAAGAAUCUAAGCAAUCAUAUGGCGAUCCCUAUGCGAAACCUGCUUCCAACAACUACCAACAAAAAUCCAAGCAAUCGGAUGGUGACCCCUAUGCAAAACCUGCUUCUAGCUACUACCAACAAGAGUCAAAGCAUUCGGAUGUCGACCACUAUUCAAAACCUACUUCUUAUGACUACCAAGAAUCAAAGCAAUCAGAGCUUAAUUAUUUUGACAUUGAAGACAAUAAGCCAGAAGCUCCUAAAUUUAGUAAGCCUAACAAUUCACAAAGAGCCAAGGAAGAGGUUCCUACAGCAACAAAUGAUCUUGCAUCAAAUUUCAAAGGUCUUUCUUUAGGAGGAUCAGAGAAUAUUUGUGAUCAACGUAAAGAUAAAGUCAUAUCAAGCACAGAAAAAAAGAUUACUGACCGAAGUGAACCCUCUGAAUUUGAUAUUUUGCUGCACAGUUUCAUUAGACACGAACCUCCCUCAAAUGUGCAGACGAAUGUGUCACCUAAUGCCAUACCACCUGAGACUACUGACCUGUUCAAUCUUUCAUCUUCCCCGCCUCUCUCUUCACAAACUACGCAGUAUUAUUUCCCCCAAACAAAUAUGGAACAUCACUCCACAAAUGGCUCAUCCAAUGUUAUGCCUAUUCAAAUUUCAAAUGGCCGAGAUUCGAUUUCAUCUGUAUCCAGUUCAUUAUCACCGCUUCUUACGCCUUAUGGGUCAUUAGAUAAAGAAAUUAGACCUGGUGUUCAAAUACUCCAAAUGGGGAAUAUUCCUUUCCCAAAUCUGUUUGAUAGCCAGGAAAAUUACAAACGCCAAAUUGAGGCGAUGCUUUUGAAUCAAAAUUUAUCAUCAAACAAGGAUUAUUCAUCUAUGCUUGCCCAGGGUCUAUUGCCUCAGUACUCUCUACCAUCAGCCUUGAACCCGUACCCAGGACACUUGCUGCUGCCACAGCAGAUGAUGCAGAGUUAUAUGGCUCAGAUGAUGCCAUUUGAUGCACGUAUGCAGCCACAGUCCUUAGAUAAACCUGUAGAGGAACAAUCACAAGCCCAGAUGUUAUCACAGGCUCAUGCGCUUUCCUUGCAAGCCCAGAAUAUGCCAUAUGACGCUCGCCUUCAACAACCUUCAACUGUUCUGAAUAAACCUGAUAGUGUUUUGAAAGAACAACCUUCUCAAGCUGAAAUGUUAUCAGCUCAUGCUUUGGCUAUGUCUCAAGCGCAGAAUUUAUAUGAUGCUCGUCUUCAGCAACUACAACCUAAUGUUCUAAAUAAACCUCCAGAAAGUGUUCUGAAUGAACAAUCUCAAGCUCAAAUUUUAUCCCAAGCUCAUGCAUUUUCGCUGGCUCAAGCGCAGAAUACGCCAUAUGAUGCUGCUAGCAUUCAACAAAACCCUUCAACUGCCAUGAAACCUGCAGAUACUGUUUUCAAGGCUGAUCAACCUUCACAAGUGUUAUCGCCUCAAGCUUUAGCUCUGGCUCAGGCACAGUUGCUAUUGCAGAAUGCUCAAGUACAAAACCUGCCUCACAUGUUUCUACCGAAUCAAGUGCAAACUGUGGCACCUAAACAAGAAGAGCUGCUGCAGCAACAAGUUUUACUAGGUAGGAUGCAGGGCGGGAAAACUAAAGAGGAACUACUGAUGACGUAUCAAACUAUGCUUCAACAGUUGAAGCAGGUUGAAGAACAAAUUCAUGGAGUUCAAAAUGUGCCUCAACCUCAAAUUCAACCUACUUGGGGAGUCAUUCCUCCUCAGCUCUCCGCAAGCCAAUACUUCCAAGCAGUACCUCACGUGAAUCCCACCAUGCAGCCGAUCAAUAUCAACCCAGAACACAACCUAGAUCAAAACCAGUCUGCAAGCCAACAGGGUAGGCUUCAAUAAACUUUCAGUCAUGUUGUACAGUCUACAGUGGCUAAUAGUAAAUUUGUUUCUUGUAUAGGAACUACUGUCAAAGAUUCUUUUGACCAAAAUAUUUUUGUAAAGAACAUCAAUUUUUGUUACAUCUGUAAAUAAAAUUAGUGCCUUCCUGUUUCAGGCAAUUGUUAUCGUGGUUCUUAAGGAAUCAGUUUUUUUCAUACUUGUGAUAUUUGCAAUUACUGCAAGAACUGAGAAAUAUCUUCUACUAUUAGAUUGUGCUAAGUUUUUAUGUUAGUUUUUAUACAAAAGAAUGUUUAUGUUACCUUUUGUUGUUUAGUUUUCUAGUUGACAUUUCACUUAGUCACUUUCACCCUUAUUUUGAAUUUGUUUAGUCGAUAAGUAUUACAAAGUCUAUGGAAACCACCCAUUUAGAGACUAACUCAAUAGAUUAUCUUGCGAGUGGAAAAACUACAGGCAAUACGUUCACUUUUAAACCUCUAGUACACUCAUGAGCAAGAAGCAAUGUAAAAGAAUCUGUCUAGUAAAACAAUAAAACAUUUUCUGAAAAUUUCUUACUAAGGCUGCUCAAACUAGGCGUAGUUAAGUUUCUGUUGUCAUACAUUUAACUUUGUUACAUACGUUUUUAUUUUGUCAGCUUUUAAAAAUAUUGUCAAGUACAUCUCUUUAGAGGGAAAAAGUUUUUAAUGUGUUGGCAAUUUUCUCCAUAUCUGUACCAGCUUCCAUCGAUAUGUUCUUCACUCGUAAGACAAUCUGUAUAUAUUCAUAUUCCCUUAUUGUUAAAUAUUUUUAGUGUGGCCUACGUAAAAAUAUUCUAUUUGACUUGAUAUAAUUAAUUACCUUAUCCCAACAGCUAUGACACAUAAACCACUUGAAAAGGAAGUCAAGGAAAAAUACUGUCAUUUUGUAAGUCAAUAUAAAAUUUAAAGUUACUUUACUAAUUAAAAUUGUAUUUAGUAGGCUACUUUCAAUACUGAGUGUUCAUUGAAUUGUAAUUUAAUUCAGGGUAUAUAGAGUUUCUUUCAUUUUAGACUUAUUUUAGUAUAAUUCAAUUGUUGAACAAAAUAUUCAUACUUCAGGAAUACAAUUUGCAGUCCAAACCACAUUGGAUACGUAUGUUACAAAUGUUGGUACUAAUGCAUUACUUAAGAAUUUAUUAGAUUAGUAUGUUUGGUCAAAUUUGACUUAUUUUUAUACCGGUAACUAAUUUUAAGGCUAAAAUAUGCUUAACCUUUCAUUACAAUGUUGUUAACAACCGAUAUUUCCUCUUAAGUAUAUUUUACGAGUCAUUUCUUACAAGUUAUUCAUAAAUAAAGCUUUAAAACCAAUCAA